AGAGCCUUCAGACAAACAACAAAAUCAUUUAUAUAUAUAUUUAGAGGGAGAAAUUCUUCUCUACUCUUCCCUCUCGAUUCUAAGCUGCCAUGGGAAUGAACUCCAAUCGAGUUGAGAGCUUGGAAUGUCGUGAAACGGUGUUGAGAAUUCCGCCGGAGGAAAUGUCGGCGCCUCCGCAACACACGGAGGAGAUUCACAAAGUCUGCUUGCCGCCUACGCAGACUACACUUCAGAAACUCAAGCACAAGCUCUCCGAGGUGUUCUUCCCGGAUGAUCCGUUUUACAGAUUCAAGAACCAAACGUGGUUCAGAAAACUGCUUUUAGGCCUUCAAUUUCUGUUUCCUAUUUUCCAAUGGGGACCUGAUUAUACCCUAGCUCUUUUCAAGUCUGACAUCGUUUCUGGUCUCACAAUUGCUAGCCUUGCUAUUCCUCAGGGAAUAAGUUAUGCGAAACUUGCGAAUUUGCCGCCAAUCAUCGGUUUAUAUUCAAGCUUUGUGCCUCCACUGAUAUAUUCUGUUCUCGGAAGCUCUAGACAUCUUGCUGUUGGUCCUGUUUCUAUCGCCUCUUUGGUCAUGGGAUCGAUGAUCACUGAGGCAGUCUCUUUUAAUGAACAGCCAACUCUCUUUCUUAAGUUAGCUUUUACAGCCACCUUCUUUGCUGGUGUAUUCCAAGCAUCUUUAGGUUUGUUAAGGCUAGGCUUUGUCAUUGAUUUUCUGUCAAAGGCUACUUUAGUUGGGUUUAUGGCUGGUGCAGCAGUCAUUGUGUCAUUGCAACAGCUCAAAGGGUUGCUUGGAAUCAUCCAUUUCACCAACAAAAUGCAAUUUAUUCCUGUCAUGUCGUCUGUCUUUCACCACAAAGAUGAGUGGUCUUGGCAAACUAUUGUUUUAGGCUCCAUUUUCCUACUCUUUCUUCUGGGAACGAGGCAUAUAAGUAUCAAGAAACCAAAGCUUUUCUGGAUUUCAGCAGCUGCUCCACUGACAUCAGUUAUAUUGUCCACUAUUUUAGUCUUCCUUCUUAGAGAAAAAGUUCCUGGAAUCUCAGUGAUUGGUCAUUUGCCAAAGGGCAUCAAUCCACCAUCUUUGAACAUGCUGUACUUUACUGGUCCUCAGUUGGCACUUGCCAUAAAAACUGGCAUUAUAACUGGAAUUCUCUCGCUGACUGAAGGAAUUGCCGUAGGAAGGACGUUUGCUGGUUUGAAAAACUAUCAAGUGGAUGGGAAUAAAGAAAUGAUGGCCAUUGGUUUUAUGAACAUGGCUGGAUCUUGUUCUUCCUGCUAUGUUACAACAGGGUCAUUUUCUCGGUCGGCUGUGAAUUAUAAUGCCGGGGCACAAACAGCAGUCUCAAAUGUAGUGAUGUCUGCAACCGUGCUCAUAACGUUGUUGUUUCUGAUGCCACUGUUCCAUUAUACUCCAAAUUUCAUCCUAGCAGCCAUCAUUAUAACAGCAGUAAUUGGGCUCAUUGAUUACCAAGCAGCCUGUAGGCUAUGGAAAGUUGACAAGCUUGAUUUCGUAGCUUGUGUUUGUUCUUUCUUCGGCGUUCUUUUCAUCUCAGUUCCGUUGGGUCUUGCCAUUGCAGUUGGAGUAUCUAUUUUCAAGAUUCUUCUGCAUGUCACGAGGCCGAACACCAUGGUCUUGGGGAAUAUUUCUGGGACUCAAAUAUUCCAAAACAUUGACCGAUACCGAGAAGCCUCAAGGGUGCCUUCGUUCCUCAUUCUUGCCAUUGAAUCUCCAAUCUACUUUGCAAACUCGACAUACCUACAAGAAAGGAUUCUAAGGUGGAUUAGGGAAGAGGAAGAGAGAAUAAAAGCGACGAACGACAGUCCACUGAAAUGUGUAAUCCUAGACAUGACAGCUGUGACAUCCAUAGACACAAGUGGUAUAGAAGCAGUAUGUGAAAUUAGGAAGAUCUUGAUGCAAAAAUCACUACAGUUUGUUCUUGCAAAUCCAGUUGCAAGCGUGAUGGAAAAACUGUAUAAAUCAAAGGCCUUGGAGCAAUUCGAGUUUAACGGUCUCUACCUCUCAGUCGGAGAAGCUGUGAUGGACAUUUCUUCUUUGUGGAAGAGGCAGCCAUAACAUAUCUUCAAGGUUAGCAUGGGGGAAAGAGUGUGAAAGAAAUAGAUAGAUAACUGGUCGAUAAGGAGAGUUUUUCCUUUUCCUCUUAGGAUUAUGAAAACACACUCCAUCAUUUAGCUAGCAAUUAGAAGAGGCAAUGAAAUGUUUUCAACCCUUUGCUCUUAUCUUGACAAUGAGGCUAACACACACCAAUUACCUUCAAGCAAUCUCAGAGUUGUUUAGUUCAGUGUCUAAAAUGUUUAGAGCAAAAGCUUAAGAAAAUUUUGUACUUUCAUUAUUACAUCAUUUACAAAUU